AUGUUUGGAUAUAGAUUUCAUUUUGUGCGCAGAUUCUUCAGAAGAUUCAUGAAACCAAUGAGUGUUGAAGAAGCUGAGGCUAAAAAAGCUUUACUCUCAAAGGCAUACUUCGGUAUAAGUUUGGUAACUUUUGGUUCUGUUCUAUACCAAGUGAAGCAAGGUCGCCUUAAUUGGGUGGAAUCCGAAGGAUUAAUUCCAGAAGAUGAAGCGAAACUCUCACCUGCUUUUCAAUAUGCUAGGAUGCUAGGAGUUGAAAAGGCUACUGUUAUAAGAAUUAAAGGUACAAAUAUCUUGGGUACUAAAGAAUACGAUAAGGAAUCAUUUGAUCCAACUCAACACGUACUUGAAGAAGAAAAUUCUCCCAAAGAUCCUGAAAGAAAAUUUCUACAAUUAUAA